CUCCAUCCACUUCGCCGAGGGGCGGAGAGUCUUACUGCACCUGGAAGGCUUAUAAGACGAGAUCCUGCCCUGUUGCCUCCUUGUUCCAUCCUCUCAGCCUGCUCCUGGUCGAGCAAAGCAUACCUUUACAUUGGUCUGCAUUUGAUCCUUCAUAAAGUCAACAUGACAGUCCCCGACGAGGUCGAUAUCAUCGUGUGUGGUGGUGGCAGUUCAGGAUGUGUUCCUGCUGGACGUCUUGCCAACCUGGACCACAAGCUCCAGGUCCUCUUGAUUGAGGCCGGCGAGAGCAACCUCAAUAACCCAUGGGUGUACCGGCCUGGCAUCUACCCCAAGAACAUGAAAUUGGACUCUAAGACAGCUACGUUCUAUUACUCACGUCCAUCGGACUACCUUGAUGGACGUCGAGCUGUUGUGCCUUGUGCACACAUCCUGGGUGGAGGUAGCUCGAUCAAUUUCAUGAUGUACACUCGCGCCUCGGCCUCUGAUUAUGAUGACUUCCAAGCCAAAGGAUGGACCACCAAGGAGCUGAUCCCUUUGAUGAGGAAGCAUGAGACAUACCAGCGUGCUUGCAACAAUCGAGAUCUCCAUGGGUUCGAAGGCCCAAUCAAGGUUUCAUUCGGCAACUACACAUACCCCAUCAUGCAGGACUUCCUUCGAGCUGCUGAGAGUUUGGGCUUCCCAGUUACCGAUGAUCUCCAAGACUUGGUUACUGGCCAUGGUGCUGAGCACUGGCUGAAAUGGAUCAAUCGCGAUACCGGUCGCCGCUCGGAUGCCGCCUCUGCCUACAUUCAUGCCACUCGUGCCAAGUACCAGAACCUCCACCUUCAAUGCAACACCAAGGUCGACAAGGUCAUCAUUGAGGAUGGCGUGGCAACUGGUGUGCUCACGAUCCCAACCAAGCCCAUUGGCAGCAGUGGCCCGCCUCCUUCAAGACUUUUCAAGGCCAAGAAACUGAUCAUUGUCAGCUGUGGCACUCUGAGCUCGCCCCUUGUGCUGCAACGAUCUGGUAUUGGUGACCCAGCGAAGCUCAAGAAGGUUGGUGUCAAGCCCAUCGUCGACCUUCCUGGUGUCGGUCUCAACUUCCAGGACCACUACCUUACCUUCGCGACAUACCGGGCCACACCCGAGACCGACUCAUUUGACGACUUUGCUCGGGGUGUACCAGAAGUUCAGAAGGCCGUCUUUGACGAAUGGAACAUCAAAGGCACUGGACCACUGGCGACCAACGGCAUUGACGCCGGAGUCAAGUCCAGACCCACCCAAGAAGAGCUGGAGGAGAUGAAGACAUGGCCUACACCAGACUUCAGCCCAAGCGGCUGGGACAGCUACUUCAAGGACAAGCCAGACAAGCCUGUCAUGCACUACAGUGUCAUUGCUGGAUGGUUUGGCGACCACUUGGACAUGCCCGCCGGGAAGUUUUUCACCAUGUUCCACUUCUUGGAGUAUCCAUUCUCCCGUGGCGAGACCCACAUCGUCUCCCCAGACCCAUAUGAGGCUCCUGACUUUGAUGCUGGAUUCAUGAACGACAAGCGAGACAUGGCUCCCAUGGUCUGGAGUUACAUUCAGUCCCGUGAGACUGCCCGUCGCAUGCGAGCCUAUGCUGGUGAGGUCACGUCGAUGCAUCCUCACUUCGCCUACAACUCGCCUGCCCGUGCACAGGACAUGGACAUAGCCACUCGCAAUGCCUACGCUGGCCCCAACCACCUCACUGCCAACAUCCAACACGGCAGCUGGACGGCGCCUCUCGAAAAGGGCAAGACACCCUCGGUCAACUGGCUCAACUCCAAUGCCCAGGAAUUCCGCUUCGACAAGCUCAAGUACACCAAGCAAGAUGUUGAGCACAUUGAGAAAUGGGUCCAGCGCCACGUCGAGACUACCUGGCACUCUCUUGGAACUUGUAGCAUGGCUCCCAAGGAGGGUAACAGCAUUGUCAAGCAUGGUGUCCUGGAUGAGCGACUGAAUGUCCACGGCGUCAAGAAAUUGAAGGUGUCUGAUCUCAGUAUCUGCCCUGAUAAUGUUGGCUGCAACACUUUCUCGACUGCCCUGCUCAUUGGCGAGAAGUGCGCUGUUCUCUCUGCAGAGGAUCUGGGUUACAGUGGAGCUGCCUUGGACAUGAAGAUCCCAGCUUACCACGCUCCUGGUGAGAAUGUCGGGCUUGCCCGUUUGUAGUCAGUGGGUAAAACCCGAGGAUGCCUUGAGCAACUCCUUGCAGUGAUCACUCGUUCAGAUAGCUCAAUGUUGAGGAUCAU